UACCAGUGGUUCAGAAAUUCGUUUGGUUUCUGCGAUUCGGUUUGUUCUUUUCGUAGUGGAAGUGCGUAGAGAAAUCAAUCACUAAGAAAAAACUGCAGACUGACAGCCAUGGCGAAGCACGAAGAGCUACCUGUUCCGGUUUUUUCUUCCCUCGAACCGGUCUAUGGCGAAGGAUCUCAGCUGGAAGAAGCUCAGCUUCGAUUCGGUCAAAUGAAGUCUAAGUUUCUCCAAGUCUUCGGUCAUCCUCCCGAUGUCUUCGCUCGAUCUCCAGGGAGAGUGAACUUAAUUGGAGAACACAUUGACUAUGAAGGAUACUCGGUGUUGCCGAUGGCAAUCAGGCAAGACACGAUUGUGGCAAUCCGAAAGCACAAGGAAGGGGAGACUGACAUGCUUCUAAAACUUGCUAAUGUCAAUGAUAAGUAUGCUACCUGUACUUAUCCUGCUGAUCCUAACCAGGAAAUUGACUUGAAGAAUCAUAAAUGGGGGCACUAUUUCAUAUGUGGGUACAAGGGUUUUUAUGAAUAUUGCAAGUCAAAAGGAGUGGAUGUAGGCGUGCUAGUUGGCCUUGAUGUUCUUGUUGACGGAACAGUUCCUACAGGUUCCGGUCUAUCAAGCUCUGCGGCUUUGGUUUGCUCAAGUACAAUUGCUAUUAUGGCUGCUUUUGGUGUUAACUUCCCAAAGAAAGACAUUGCCCAAGUAACCUGUGAUUGUGAACAAUACGUUGGAACACUAUCAGGUGGAAUGGACCAGGCAAUCUCUGUGAUGGCCAAAAACGGGUUUGCUGAGCUAAUAGAUUUCAACCCUAUUCGAGCAACUGAUGUGCAACUCCCUGCUGGUGGCACAUUCGUGAUAGCCCAUUCAUUGGCAGAAUCUCAAAAGGCUGUAACAGCUGCUAUAAAUUAUAAUAAUAGAGUUGUUGAAUGCCGACUGGCAGCCAUCGUGCUUGGUAUAAAGCAAGGAAUGAAGCCACAAGAGGCAAUAUCAAAAGUCAAAACCCUUUCUGAUGUUGAAGGUUUAUGUGUUAAAUUUGCCGAUGGCCAUGGUUCUAAUGAUCCUGUCCUUGCUGUCAAGGAAUUUUUGAAAGAGGAGCCAUAUGCAGCUGAAGAAGUUGAGAAAAUUACUGAUAAGGCUCUUCCAUCAAUCUUGUGUGAUAAUCCAACUUCUUUGGAUGUGCUAAAAACAGCCAAGCACUUCAAGUUGUAUCAGAGAGCCGCUCACGUGUACUCUGAAGCCAAGCGUGUUUAUGCUUUUAAGGAUGCGGUGGCAUCAAGUUUGAGUGCGGAUGAAAAACUCAAGAAGCUCGGUGAUCUUAUGAACGAAAGCCACCACAGCUGUAGUGUUCUCUAUGAAUGCAGCUGCCCGGAGUUGGAGGAAGUUGUAGAAGUAUGUCGAGACAACGGUGCUUUGGGAGCAAGACUCACCGGAGCUGGAUGGGGUGGUUGUGCCGUGGCCCUGGUAAAAGAGAAUAUCGUACCACAGUUCAUCCUCAAUUUGAAGGAACAAUUCUACCAAUCUAGGAUGGACAAAGGUGUGAUCAACAAGAAUGAUCUUGGUCUCUAUGUUUUCGCUUCGAAGCCUUCGAGUGGUGCAGCUAUUAUCAAACUUUAGUAUGUUUUCUUGACCAUUUUAGCUUGAGAAAUAAAGGACAGCAAAUUUCAAUAGAUUAUUCCCAGAAUUGGACAUUGGUUUUCUUUUUAUUCAGAUCAUUCCCAGACACUGUAAAUGGAUUAUAGAGAUGUUGUGCAUGUAGAAAUUACCUCUUUUCCCUCA